AUGGGUAGUCGCACCGAGACGCUUGAAGAGAAUCCCUCGUACAAGUAUCAGUGGGCUCGACAGGUUGCGCGGGACAAGCUGGUUGAUGAUUUUGAAAAUGUCACCAGAAAGCUUGAAACCCUUCAACCACCUGGAAUCACCCCAGACCUCCCCCUUCCCGACAAUCUCACAGGGCUAGUCAGCGAUGUCCUUCCAAUCAAAAAACUCACCGGUCAACCUCCGAAGCCCCCAGGGAAGUUCAAGGUCGGCAUUGUUGGCGCGGGAUGUGCGGGGCUUUUCACAGCCAUGAUCCUGGAUCACAUCAAUGAGAAGAUCCCGGACCUCAACAUCGAGUACGAUAUCCUCGAGGCCGCUUGUGAUCAACGGCUUGGUGGGCGGCUCUAUACCUACAAGUUCUCUGGAAACGAAAAGGAUUACUACGAUGUUGGGGCCAUGCGGUUUCCCAAAAUCUCCAUCAUGGAAAGGACAUUUCAGUUAUUCGAUUUGCUUAACAUCAAGACAACGAACAACCGGCUCAUUCCAUACUAUUUCAAGGAUGAAUUGAAUGUGUGCCCGACCUACUUCAACGAUGUUCACACAGUUGGAACACCGAAGGAUGGAAGCAUAUACAAAAUGAACGAAGGGCUUGCAAAAGAUGAUCAGAUCCCGCAAGACCUCCUCAAGCAACCUCCCGGCGAAGUGCUAAAUAAAGCAAUCCAACGCUACAGGGACCAGGUCAAGGAACAUCUCGAUGCCGCAAAGGACGGGAAACGUUCAAUCGCCAAUGGUUCCGAAGGAAAGGAUGACUGGAUUCCUCUGAAGAAAGCAGAUUACAUGAGUACUCGUCAAUACCUCCGCUCACACAGGGACGCACGGCCGGGGUUCAACUUCAACACGAUUGAAUGGUUGGAGACAUUCGACGCCGGAACGGGCUGGUAUGACCAGGCUCUCACAGAGACAGUUCUCGAAUCACUUGACUUCGAUGCCGGCGCCCCCUGGUUCUGUGUCAACGGCGGAGUACAGCAAGUUGCAAGUGAAAUGGCGAAUCGACUGAAAAGAAAGCCCGAGUUCAACCGUCAAGUGACCGCCAUCAAGACUGCCCCAGACGGCACUAUGGGUCUCAAAAUCAAACACAUUGAUCCCACACGGACAGAAAGUCCCCCACAGACAGAACACCGUGAUUACUUUGCUGUCUUCAACUCAACCACGCUCGGCGCCAUGCAGCGCAUGGACCUCACCGAAGCUGGCCUGCGUUAUGGAACCAAGCAGGCAAUCCGCUCCUUGUGCUAUGGAGCCGCCUGUAAGGUUGCCAUAAAGUUCAAGUCGGCGUGGUGGGAGUACCCUCCCUACAACAUCAAAAAGGGCGGCCUAGGAAAGACCGAUCUUCCCAUCCGCGUCUGUGUCUACCCUUCCUACAACCUCGAUAGCCCGCGGGAUAAAUCAGCUGUCCUGCUGUGCUCGUAUACCUGGAGCCAAGAUGCGCAGAGACUCGGAUCUCUCAUCUCACGCUCUUCCCCCGCGGCCGAGGAGGAACUCCACGAGGUGUUGAUGCACAACCUCGCGCUGCUGCACGCCAAAGACCCCCAGGACUACAAAGGCGUGCGCGAGAUGCUUGAGAAGUCAUACGAGUGCCACCACGCCUUCGACUGGUACCAAGAUCCACAUGCACAAGGUGCAUUCGCGUUCUUCGGCCCCGGCCAAUUCAGCAACAUGUGGCCCGAGAUCAUCCGUCCGAAUGGUUGGCUGUACCUCAUCGGCGAGGCCGCGUCUGCGCAUCAUGCGUGGAUUGUCGGUGCUCUCGAGUCCUCUGUACGCGCCGUCUUCCAGAUGCUGCAGUCGCUCCAUUGGCAGGAUCAAGAUUUCCCUGCCUACAAAAUGGCCAUGGACUUGCUCGCCACUAACGACCCGUGUUCGCCCUUCAGUCCGCUACCGAAGGAGAUGCCUAUGCGGCAGAGGGAUGACCCGAAGAAGAAGGAGACCGUUGAUCACCCAAAGGCUGGGAAAAACCUGUCGUACACAGCUGCAGAGGUUGCUUUGGGCUUCGUUGAAUCUUUUGUCGAGAAGCAGGAGGAGGAGGAGAAGAAGUAG